CCGGAAACAGGACUCUGUGUCCACCUCUUCAACGCUCAUAUUCUCUCAGAGAACCAACCUGUGACGAUCUGAACACGGUUGCAGGACGAGCACUUCUGGCAUUUUCUGUCACUGAGCUCGUUAUCAACUGUCGAAACCUGGACAACUGUGACCCGGAAAACUGUCAGAGUCUGAGAGAGACGGCUAAAACCCUACGGACUGCCUCUGAAGAACUGGAAAAAGACCUUGAUGAAAUUCCGUGUGACCUUUGACCCCUCACCUUUAAAGUCACCUGCCCUUCUACCUGAGGGGGUGGGUGCUGAGGAGCCCAGGGUGGUCACCAUGGCAACGACCUCCUCCCUUCUCAGCAGAGGUCUGGGCCUGGUCCUGGUGGAGUUUGAGUAUGAGUACCAAGGUCGGGACGGUGUGCCGGUCUCCAUCAAACCCAACGAGCGCUACGUCCUGCUAGCUAAGACCAAUGACCACUGGUGGCAGGUCCGCAGUGACUGCAACUCCAAGCCAUUCUACAUCCCUGCCAAGUACGUCAAAGAGCUGCCAGCGGACUUCCCCUCCCCCCUGGACUUUACUGGUCCACCCAGUUCAGAACCAGUGUUGGUUUCUGUGGCUACACCAGUCCCUGUGCCUGUCCCUGUUCCAAAGACUCUGGAGGAGUCCAGCGGGACCAGAACCAAACCAAAUGAUGAGGUUACAAUCCGGCUCAGACCUGACGCCUCCACUGGGUACCGCAAGACUGAGAACCGCAUGUCAACAUUUGGCGUUCCCCUGGACUUCCAUGACCCGUCACAUGUUGUGGUGGCUGCGCCCCGGCAUCCUGGCAACCCUCCCACUGGUCCUGCACAGACCGGGACCACGACGACCGGCAGGAAUAAUAACAUAGUCGACAGUGGUCUGAUCAAAAAGCAACCUCACCUGGUGGGGCGGCUGGAGGACCACAGAGACUCUGGGAAACCUCGGGUUCCCAGUUUCAGCCCAGCAGACCCUCUUUCCACACCCAGACCCCAGACCCAGCCCAUACUGGUGGAGACACCAGUGGUCCCGGUGGCCCCACUGGUCCCCGUAGCCCCCCCCCACAGCAGCCUCCAGACCACAUCCUUGCUGUCAGCAGGUUCCCAUGACAACCAGGAACCCCCAGCAGAGCCAGAGCCAGAGGAGGAGGAGGUGGCAGAGGAGGAGAUGAGCGUGGAGGAGAGCAGUGAGGAGGAGGAUGAUUCACUGAAGGGUUCAAACCACAUCUAUGAGUCCAUCCAGGACCUGAACCUGGACCUGGAGGCUCUGACUGGAGGGAGAGUGAGUCCUGGAGCGCCAUCUGAAGCUGCACCGGCCCUGCCCGCCCCACAGGACCGCAGCUUGCUCGGCCCUGACUCGCCCAUCUACGCCAACGUCUCCUCUCUGAAGAAAACGUCUCUUCCUCAGAUCUCUGUCUCCAGCCCCGUCCCCAUUCCUCCACCUCCUCCUGAUCCUGCCCCCUCCGCUACAGGCCCCGUCCCAUCUUCUUCAGUCCCCUCCUCUGACAUGAUAAGACCCACCUCCCCCCUCAGCCCACAGGAUGGGUGGCAGGUGCACACUGACCAGGACAGUGGGAAGGUGUUUUAUUACCAUCCUGUUACCAGACAGACCGUCUGGUCCGACCCCCACGGCCCCCCCCCCCCACCUGUUGGAGACAUGGACCAGUCCAAGGGGAGGGAGGGGGGACAGCUGACCUCCCCCUCACCUGUGCUCUCCCCCGCCUCCUCUCAGGGUUCCUCUGGCUGGGAGCAGCUGAUGGACGAAGUGUCAGGGAGAUUUUACUACUACAACCCCACCACGAGAGCCACAUCCUGGACUGCACCAGAGCUUCUCUCCCCCUCCUCCCCCCCUGCAUCUGCGACCAACAGGAAGCCUGACGGCGGCCCGCCUCCGCUGCCAGAGGAAGAUUAUCCUGUGGACAGACCGAACGAGGACUCUGUCUUUACAACGCAUCCUCAGCAGCCUGCGGGUGUGAUUCCCAGAGCUCAGCCCCAACGGAUGAUGGGAAACGGUGUUUCUGAGGAGGGAACGACUCUGCAGGUCAGGAACUGGAGACACAGUGUGGCUGAAGAGACGUUUGCUCCCGGACACAGGAGGAACGUCUCUGACCUCACUGAGGUGUCCAAUAGAAGACACUCUCCCGACAGUCCACAGCUCUCUGAUAGGUACAGACUAAAGAGGAAUCUGUCCAAUCGGAGCACAGGCUCCCACCAGCUGCACGGCCAUCUGCUGGAGAAAGCAGGAAUCAUCAAUAAGACCAAAAUAGCCGAUAACGGCAAAAAGAUCAGGAAGAACUGGAGUCAGUCCUGGACCGUCCUCCAUGGAGGGAUCCUCACCUUCCACAAAGACCCCAAAUCUGCUCCAACUGGGAACGCUAGUAAAGUGUCGCAGAUUGUUCCAGAGUUCACUGUGGACCUGAGAGGAUCUUCAGUUGGCUGGGCCUCCAAAGACAAGUCCUCCAAGAAGAACGUUCUAGAGCUGAAGACUCGUCAGGGCUGCGAGUACCUGAUGCAGUACGACACCGAGAGCAUCAUCAGCGACUGGUUCAAAGUCAUCCAUGACGCCAUCAGGCAGCUGGACCACGAGCAUCUGACGGAGGACGAGGACGAGGCUGCUUCAGACAAAGAGGACAAAGACAGGAAGAGGACGUCCUCCAGGACUUCAUCGGGACAGGACUCGGAGCAGAGACGAGUCCGGACCAAACUGAGACGCUUCCUCCAGAGGAGGCCGACGCUGCAGAGCGUUAAAGAGAAAGGAUACAUCAGAGAUAACGUCUUCGGCUGUCACCUGGACACACUCUGCCACAGAGAAAACACAACCAUCCCCAAAUUUGUGGAGAAGUGUAUCAGAGCGGUGGAGAGGAGAGGUCUGGAUGUAGACGGGAUCUACAGAGUGAGCGGGAAUCUGGCUGUGAUCCAGAAACUACGACAUAAAGCUGAUCAUGAGGAGCAGCUGGACCUGGAGGACGGACAGUGGGAGGAGAUUCAUGUGAUCACAGGAGCUCUGAAACUUUUCCUGCGGGAGCUUCCGGAGCCGCUGUUUCCCUUCAGCUGUUUUGACAAGUUCAUCGCUGCCAUCCAGGUCCCAGACCACAGUCUGAGAGUCUCCUACAUGAAGGACCUGGUUCAGUCUCUGCCUCUGCCAAACCAUGACACCAUGGAGCUGCUGUUCAAACACCUGCGCAAGGUGAUCGAGCACAAGGACUCCAACAGGAUGUCGGUUCAGAGUGUUGCCAUCGUGUUUGGUCCCACGUUGCUCCGCCCCCAGACCGAGUCAGCAAACAUGACGAUCCACAUGGUUUUCCAGAGCCAGAUAGUGGAGCUCAUGCUCAACGAGUUCCAGACCAUCUUCUCCCAGAGGUAGGAGGAACCUCCUGGAUCCCCCAAGAUCUAUAAGAGAACCUCCUGGAAUUCCAGGAAGGCCCCAGACCACACUGAGAACUGCCAAAAAUAUUUUAAACUUUCCAGAAAUUUGGACCUAAACUUCAUCCCCUCUCAAACUUCAUUGAACCAGAAAAUUGCUGACUACAUGGCAUUCUGUGCCUUAAACAAGCCAAAUGGAACCUGUGAGGAACCACGUGGUCCCUGGACUGGUUUUGAAACCGCUGACAGCAUCUUCAAUCCUCUAACGAGGCAACAGACCAAACACAACACACAUUUUGUUGGCAUCCUAAAAACCCAUAAAAAUUCCCACUUUUACCAAGAACUAUCCAAUCACGUUCCGGAUCCUUCUGGAAUCGCUAUGCUCUCUGGAUCCAAACUCUUUUCCUGGUCCUAUUUUUGAAGUUUAUGGACAUCAGAGUUCAUGGAUUUUGAACCUGGUGGCUACAUAAUGCCCAUCUCUAACCACUCUGUCCUCCAUGAUCCAGGUAGAACUGGAAUAUAACUAUCUAGAACCCCAGACCGAUUCUGAAACCUUAACCAGUCUCUUUCUAGACAACAGACCAAACAAAAUGCACCUUAAACCCCCAAAUUUCUGACUUUGAGAAAGAACUGACCCAACAGGUUUGAGAUUCACCCAGAACCUUGUAAAACUCCCAGGACCCAGAGUAAAAAGAGUGGAUCCAUCUGGAACCCUGGUUUAAUCUGAAGUUCUCCACCACAGACACGUGACAAGCUGCAACAGAUCAAACAUCUUCAGUGUCCUGCUCGCUUGGUGUCUUUAAAACACUUCAAAAGUUGAGACUUCUGUGUCCCACCUGUCUCCAGGGAUUCAGACUGUGCUUUUCUGUUUUUAAAGACAUCAAUGUUCCAGGUAUUUUGGCUCAAAUGCUCGUUAUGAACUCAUCAGUUUGAGUUUAAUUCAAAAUAGCGACUUGUCCACGUCCACGUUCACAAGCGGAAGGCUCAGUAAGUGAGUUAGAGCUGUUCCCAGUAUCCCAGUAUCCCAGUAUCCCAGUAUCAGUCUGUAUUGCAAUCACUGACACUGGAAAACACAGAUUUGCACAGAAAAGUCAUUUUCUAACACUACAUACUGAUAACAAGUGUUUUACAUGAGUCUGAAAUGAACAAGACCUUCAUCGUAUUAAACACUGGAUCAAAGUUUAGUCAUGACAUGAUUUCAUCAGUCGUAUUCAAUACAGAGCGAACAGGCUUCGUCACAGCUCAGAGAAACAGGAGAUAACAAUUCAGCUGAGAAAUGAUCAAACCGUCUUUGUGCUGCACAUCCUGGAUCUGUCCCUGGAUCUAUCUCUGAAUCUGUCCCUGGAUCUGUCUCUGGAUCUGUCCCUGGAUCUGUCCCUGGAGCUGUCCCUGGAUCUAUCCCUGGAUCUAUCUCUGAAUCUGUCCCUGGAUCUGUCCCUGGAUCUGUCCCUGGAUCUAUCUCUGAAUCUGUCCCUGGAUCUGUCUCUGGAUCUGUCCCUGGAGCUGUCCCUGGAUCUAUCCCUGGAUCUAUCUCUGAAUCUGUCCCUGGAUCUGUCCCUGGAUCUGUCCCUGGAUCUAUCUCUGAAUCUGUCCCUGGAUCUGUCCCUGGAUCUGUCCCUGGAUCUGUCCCUGGAUCUGUCUCUGGAUCUGUCCCUGGAUCUGUCCCUGGAUCUAUCUCUGAAUCUGUCCCUGGAUCUGUCCCUGGAUCUGUCUCUGGAUCUGUCCCUGGAUCUGUCCCUGGAUCUAUCUCUGAAUCUGUCCCUGGAUCUGUCCCUGGAUCUGUCCCUGGAUCUGUCUCUGGACACAGUGAAAGUGAGAACAGGUUUUACAGAAAUGUUUCUCAGAGAUGAAUCAGGAACAUUUUACUGUUUGUGUUCUGCUGUAAUAAUGAACUGAUAAUCUGUACAAUGCUGUAUGUUUUUAUAGUAUCGAGUUUAUACACAGAUACAGAACAAAGGAAGAUUAACAUUAAACUCUGUACAUAAGAGGGUAUUUUACUGGAUUUUAAUAAAAAUCAAACUGGUCUGUA